AUGUCUGCUAGCAAGAUCAUCCUCGCCCUUGCGGCCCUCGGUGCUGGUGUUUCCGCUCAAUCGGGCGGCCUUUGCUCGUCCGCGACCAUCACCGUCGCUGCCCCCGCCGAGGCCACUAUUAACUGCAAGACUAUCGAGGGCUCCGUUGUUUUCAAGGGCUCCGAGGCCCUGUCUGGUGCCAUCAGCAUUUCUGGUCCCGAGUCCAUCAAGGGCGACCUCAUCAUCCGAAAUGCCACUGCCUUGAACUCCCUCUCCAGCUCUUCGGUCAACAACAUCGGCGGCAAGUUCGAACUGACCGGCCUCCUCAACCUCAACACCCUGGACUUUACCGCUCUUGAGUCUGUCGGCGAGAUCUCUUGGGUCUCCUUGCCCGCGCUCGAGAGCGUGCGCUUCGGAACUGAUGGUGUCACCAGGGUCAAGACUGUCCGCAUCUCCGAUACUUUCCUUUCGAGCUUGGAGAGCUUCGGCAUGGCCUCGGUUGGAACCUUCCAGAUUGAUAACAACCAGCGCCUCACCACCUGGGAGACCCGCAUGACCAGCAUUGAGGAGAGGCUCAUCGUCGCUGACAACUCGGCCGAUCUUGAGGUGUCCCUUCCUGCCCUUGUUUGGGCUGCUAACCUUGAUGUCCGUGGCGUCAAGAGCCUCGACGUCCCCCUUCUCAAGGUUGUCAACGACUCCAUUCAGCUUACCUCCAACAAGGCCAUGCAGUCCUUCAUCGCUCCCAACCUUACCCGAACCGGCGACGAUGUCUCCUUCAGGAACAACAACGGCUUGACCAACAUCUCUUUCCCUCUCCUCGAGAAGACUGGCGGCAGCUUGACUGUCCAGAACAACACCGAGUUGGCCGAGAUUAACGGUUUCCCCGAGCUCCGACAGGUUGGCGGUGCCGUCACCAUGCGUGGCAGCUUCUCCGAUAUUGAGCUUCCUAGCCUCGACGAUGUCAAGGGUGCCUUCGACGUUUCUUCUACUCAGGACAUCAGCGAGGACUGCGCCACCUUCAAGAAGCUUGCUCCCAAGAGCAGCGGUGGCAACGGCAAGAUUCAGGGCUCUUUCGAGUGCACCUCGAACAAUGCCAACGCCAACAAGGGUGGCAAGGGUGGCAGCAGCUCUGACGAUGAUGAGGAUGCGGCCGGUAUUCUCGGCGUUCCUCUGUCUCUGAUUGCUAGCGUUGCGGCCCUCGGCGCCCUCGUACAGCUUCUGUAA